AUGAAACAGAUUGAUUACGGGAUUACACCCAAUGUCCUGCUCGUAACGGCCAUGUGCGUGCCACGGACGGAGCGGCAUGUUGGGCUGUGGAAGAAGCAGAAGCACAAGCAGAAGCUGUGCAACACACGCAGAGAGGCGCGCAUAUACGGGAGGCGCAACGCCUCACGCUGUGCUGUUCCGUCGUCAACCAUCCAUCUGCUGCAUCUUGACAGAGUUGGUUGCCCAAGAGCCCAGCCCGAGAACGUUCGAGUCAGGGAUGGCCCUGGCCCCCCUCUCCCCCCAAUAGAUCCCAUCUCGGCGAUUCGCAUCGCCUUCCCCGGCCCACCGAAGCCAUCCAUGGAUCCCUCAGCUGGUGCUAGUGCUAGCAGAUUCUGCUUAGCUGGGACCUGUGGAGGUUGGUUGAUCCUCCAGCGCUGUACGUACGUAGGUCCUCAGCUGCGGGUUGCAGGCGGGACGAUACACGAUGCGGCCAUGACGCCCGCGCGGAGGGCGCAUCUUCAGUUGGCCGCGCUUGCGCACUCCAGCCCCCCAUUUUCCAUUUUCCAGCCGGUUUUCCCCUGCCACCAGCUUUUUUUUGACAUCACCGCCCUGGCUCUUUUCGCGCCUCUGCUCUGCUCUGCUUCUGCUCUGCUUCUGAGCACCUCCUGCGGGCAAUUGGGUCUUCUGCCGCCUUUCGCUGCACGAUUCACCUGCUUGCAUAUCGCGUCCGCCUUGUUACCCUUGACUCACGCAGCUUUGUCUCCAAAAUCCUGGCGUCUGCGCUUAUCAACACUCCCCCCUCGGCUUCUUUUGGCGCAAAUCACCUCAUUGCUGGGCUCUUUGGCUCGUCGGCUACUCUACGGCGCCCAGUUCCUCUCCGAAACUCAACCCUGUAGUGGCAUCCCAUCGACAACCGCGCGCCCUUCCGGACUUCUCCCUCUCCUCCUAAACAUCACCGCCGGAGGCGCCGCAGACUUGUCCCAACGACCUCCCCCCGUUUCUAACGACCGUUACGCGACCCACGAGAACACGCCUUCACCAACGCAACGCCAGCAGCAACAGCCUCUGCCGCAGCCUGCACAGGAGCCUCUCAGCAGGCUCUCCACCCCGUCUUCGCAGCGCAAAUCUCUUCGCCGCACGCCGAAAUUCGACUCUGCACCCAAUCACCAGCCGGAGCGUCGGGUUCACAUCGCCGCUGCCUCGGCGGGCUUCUACCCGAGCAUUGUAUCGCUUUCUCACGACUCCGAAUCGUCCAUAACUGGGCUUGGGUUGUCGCUGUUUGACGAGCCCAACGAGGAUCAGCGCCAGCGACCCCAGACCCAGGAGCCGCGUCACCAACGCUCUAGCUCUGCGGGCAUCCAGAACCCACCGGCAAGGCCUCAGCUUAGAGUCCCUCGUAUCUCCAAGCAUACUCACAACGCAAUCCUUUACGCUUUAGAGGAGGCUCUCCGUCAACCUCGCCCCUUCACAGCCGACGAGAUCGAAGAGACUGCCAGCAUGUCUGACCUCAUGACUGGUGGCCUUCCUGCCACGUCCAAUGGCGCUGCCCUUGGCCCUGGUCGCAUGCCCGCCGCUGCUCCCGCGCCGACGAGCUCGCCAUCUGGCAUUAAAGGUCCUAGGGCGAUCAUGCAGGAGCGAGCAGCGAGAGAAGCGCGUCAGAGGGCCGAAGCACGGCAGAGAGCCGAAGUUGAGCAGCAAGCAUUGGAGAAGAGCCGUGCUGAACAAGAGGCGCGAGUGCAGCAGGAGACGGAGCGUCGCAAUGCAGAGCGGCGCGCUGCUGGCGUUGCUGCUGGCCAAGGCAUGACUGCCGAGGCUCAGCAAUCUACUAACCCUUCACAUAUGGACCAGUCACAGGCUCCGCGAGCGAAUGUCGCGCCCAACCAGACCCUACCGCCACAGCAGCGUCCGGCUCAGAUGGCUGGCAACCAGCAGCACCAUUCCCCUCCCCAGGCUUUCCCAGCGGGGAGCUCCUCAUCGCAGCAGCAUGCACCUGGGACACUUGCCGGCGACGAUCCCACGAAGCCACGCAACUCGUUUCCCCAUGCCUUUGAGCGAUGGGAAACGUUGUCUGCUCAUUGGGAGGGACUGACGAGCUACUGGAUCCGCAAGCUUGAGCAAAACAAGGACGACAUCAAUCGCGAUCCCAUGAGCCAGCAGCUGGCGCGACAGGUUACGGAUCUGUCGGCGGCUGGCGCCAACCUGUUCCACGCCGUGGUGGAGCUUCAACGCCUGCGAGCCAGCUCCGAGAGGAAAUUUCAAAGGUGGUUCUUUGAAACGAGAUCGGAAUUGGAGCGCGCCCACGAGGUGAAUGCCAUGCUGGAGGCGGCUCUCGAAAAGGAGAGGAGGGAUCGUGAGCAAGCAAUCCGCGAUGCUGUCGAGCACGAGCGCGGAGUGUCCAAAACGCAGAAGCAGCUGGUGGAGAUGAGAAAGGAGCUUGCCAUCUCAAAGGAAGAAGCCCGCCGGGCCUGGGAGGAACUCGGGCGUCGUGAACAAGAGGAGCGUGAUAGGACCCUGUCUCUCCAGUCGGGGCACCCCACGGUCGUGGGCGGAGUUCAGGUUGUGCCAAUGACCCAGGGCGGCGGCCCCAGUCGACACAGCAGCACCAGGGAGCAGGGAAGCUACCAGUCUGAUUAUCAACGUCCGACUUAUUCCAUCGAGCAGCCUGCCCAGGGCCGAGGACAGACCACCGCGGGAAGCAGCAGCUCCGGACAAGGACAAUACCAAUCUGGCCACCAGGAAGAACCGAGCCGUCGUGCAGGCGCUGGCUCCGAGGGCGGUUACAGCGAAGGUGAGUACCUUAUCGAUGCGCAGGGAAACUUCAUCCUAGACGGGGACGGACUUAGAAUUCCCUUCGCCGCGCCGCCCUCAACGUACACAGGUUCUGAUUUGGAUCCAGAAGACUACGACACCCCGGCCACGACAAACCCUAGCGGUGCCAACAUGCCCUCGUCAACAUCCGCCCCGCAAAGCCAAUGGACCGGUGCCUACUCGAACCCUCAGGAUUAUUCCGGCCAGGGCUAUGGGAAUGCUGGAUGGGAGGCGGUGCCUCGGCAUCAUCACCCUACUCGACUGAGCGACGUGAUGGAGGAAGAGGAUGAGAGAAGUCGGACCAGCGCCAGCCACAGCCGAAUUUAG